GUCAUUGCUCUACAACAUAAACAAUGCAGUUCCCAACAACAUAAACAAUGCAGUUCCCAACCUUCACCAUGUCAUUGCUCUCCUUCUUUCUUUUCUCACUAUUUGCAUUCAUUGCUCAAGCUCAAGUUCCAGCAAAUCAAAUUUCAAGUACGUCAACGAAGGAGAAUUUGGGCCUUUCAUUACAGAAUAUGACGCAAGCUAUUAUAUGCUUAAUCCUUUUGCCACCCCUUCCAACUUGCUUUCUACAACACCACCCCAAAUGCCUUCAUUUUUGCUCUGCGCACACUACUAGAAAUUAUAAUUUUGCCUUAAAAAUGAGCCGACGAAAUAUAAAGAUUCGUCGAGAAAGAUCUUGCGAGACAUGCUUUUAGCGACAAAAUUUUUCAUUGAAAAAGGCUCUUUGCCGACGAAUUUUGACUUUUACCGACAAACUAAUUUUGUUGGCAAAGUGGAAAUUUCUAGUAGUGGCAUGGGUUUGAGGCGGUCGGAGUCGCUCUUUCGGUGGGUUUGGGAAGCCAACAGGGGAAAUCUAGUCGGCGAAAAUGCCACCCUAACAUUUGGGACAAAUGUGGCUUGGCAAACCAACACCACCAACAAAGGUGUGGUUCGCUUCAAGUUGCUUCCAAAUGGCAACAUGGUCCUUCACAACUUAAAGUUAAAGGGCAAGUUUAUUUGGCAAAGCUUUGACUACCCAGCAUACACUUUGCUCGUGGGUCAAUCUCUGCGAGCCGGGGUAGUAAGCAAGCUCGUGAGUCGUGCAUCCGAGAAAGAAAACAAAGAUGGACCUUACAGCUUGGUGAUGGAGCCCAAAGGGUUGGCUUUGUACUACAAAAGCAGCAACUCUCCAAAACCGCAACUCUACUUCUCAUUUUCUCAACGAAUUACUAUUCAAGACUCACUGGUCCUCGUGAGUCUAAACGGUGCCCUGGAAACUGAUGAGGGUCAUGCUUACGACCUAACCCUAGAUUAUCGAGUUAUCGAGUGGCCAACUCUUCCUCAAGUGGAAACAUUUAUCUCGGUAGGCCUAAAUACAACAGCACAUCAACGUUCCUAACCACUAAAAGUGGGUUAUAUGAAAUUUUAAGUGGGUUAUAUGAAAUUUUAUGUGCGUUAUAUGAAAUUAAAA